AGGGGCCUCGAGCGCUGUCUACGUAGAGUUCCAACACGAUGCGAAAGUUUGUGGAAGAUAUAGAAGCUCUAGUAUUAAAAGUCGGAAGUACCACCCAUCUUCUCGUUUGGCAAGUUUCCCUCCAAAGCGGUUCCAUCGACAUUCCACAUCACUUACUGAAUUUACCUCGGUUGCCAUGAACGAUACACCUAGCAAGGACAUGUCUCCCGUUGAGCUGACUGCUACGAAAGGUAGUCAACAUGCGGUCGACGUCGCAGAGAUCUUUGUUGACCCAGUCAUCGAGAAGAGGGCAAUCAGGAAAUUCGAUACACUCGUUCUUCCGCAGAUGGCUAUCAUUAUGCUGAUAGGGUACCUUGAUCGUGCCAACAUUGGAAACGCCGUCGUCUUCGGGCUGAGUACGGACCUCAACCUGGUUGGACGCCAGUUCAACGACGUCGUCAUGAUAUUCUAUGUCACGUACAUUGUUUUUGACAUUCCUUGGGUCAUGUGCGUAAAACGAUUUGGUGGACACAAGGUGUUGGUCGUCGCCAUGCUUGGUUGGAGCAUUGUCACCCUGGGCACUGGCUUUAUUCAGAACUAUGGGCAGGCAAUCGCCGUGCGGCUGCUCUUGGGCCUCUUCGAGGCAGGACUCCUCUGCUGUCUUACCUUUCUCAUUUCAAUGAUCUACUCUCGCGAGCAACAAGCACGCAGGGUGGGUGUGCUUUACUAUGCUGUCACCUGCUCUGGAGCAUUUGGCGGCCUCAUUGCCUACGGCAUCCAGUCCAUGGGGAGCCGACUUGGCAUAGCCGCGUGGCGCUGGCUUUUCAUCAUCGAAGGCGCCGUCUCCAUCGUGGUCUGUAGCUUGGGUUGGCUCUCUCUACCCAAAAGUGCCGAGGAAGCCUGGUUUCUCACCCAAGAGGAACGUGAAGUCAUGCGAGCGAGGAGAGCACGCGAUGCCUCGUACUCGGGUGGCAACGACUUUUCCUGGAAGUAUGUCUCCAUGGCCUUCUCCGACAUCCAUGUCUACGUGGCAGCCAUCUGCUUGUUCUGUGCGAGCAUUCCAGCAACAGGUUUUGCGGUGUUUCUCCCAACGAUCCUUGUUGGCCUCGGAUAUACAUCGCUGCAAGCAAAUUACCUCUCGAUUCCUGUCUACGCUGUUGCAACCCUGGUCAUAAUUGCAGUCUGUACUUUCUCUGACAAGUACAGGCGCCGGUCGUAUUUCUUGAUGUGCAUUCCUUCAGUGGUCAUCAUCGGCUACAUCAUCAUUAUUGCCACAUCAAACGGCGCGGCUGGCUACUUUGCCAUGUUCAUGGUUGGCUCUGGUAUAUAUCCGUUCAACUGCUUGUUACUCACAUGGGUUUCCAACAAUUUUGCCCCGGACUAUAAGAGAUCGGUCGCCUUGCCGCUCUUUGCUUCGAUCUCCGCUACCUCUGGUCUCGUGUCAGCUGUAAUCUACCCAGCCACCGACAGACCGAGAUACAUCAAAGGAAAUGCUGUCUCACUCGGCAUGGAGGUCCUCGCAUUCGUCGGCAUCUUGGCGAUUUACUUUAUACUCAAGUCGAGAAACAACAAGAAGGCCGAGAUGCUCGCCCUAGGAGCGACAGAGAAUGGAAAGUCCGGCGACAAAGGUCUACAUUUCCAAUACACGAUGUAA